AAAAAGUCAAAAUCGUAGGGUUUUAUCACCUGCGUUUUUCAUCACUCUCUUUCUCUCUGCUACCUUCACGACGAACAACAAUGGAAUCACAGAGAGAAGAACCCAAUCGUAAAAUACUAGAUGAAAUCGACGCAUUGAAAGCUCAAAAAAGCGACAUUGAAGCUCGAAUUUCUUCCCUAGAAUCUCAACUUCGAGAUUCUUCCCUCGCCAAACAAUGUAACGGUGCUUUCCCUUCAAUCUCCACUGUCGCUUCCAACCACAGCCGCCAUGGAUUACCUUCCGAUGCUAUAUACCGUUACAGUCGUCAUCUUUUGCUCCCCUCUUUCGGCGUUCAAGGGCAGUCAAAUCUGUUGAAAUCUUCAGUGCUGGUUGUUGGAGCUGGAGGCUUGGGAUCACCGGCUCUGUUGUAUCUUGCAGCAUGUGGAGUCGGUCGAAUAGGUAUUGUUGAUCAUGAUGUAGUGGAGCUUAAUAAUAUGCACAGGCAGGUUAUCCACACUGAAGCAUACAUUGGCAAGUCCAAAGUAGAGUCUGCUGCUGCUGCCUGUCGCUCGAUCAACUCCACAAUUGAGAUUGUUGAAUAUAGAGAAGCAUUACGAACAUCAAAUGCUUUGGAGAUAUUUAGCAAGUUUGAUUUAAUAAUUGAUGCCACAGACAACGCCCCAAGUCGCUACAUGAUCAAUGACUGCUGUGUUGUUUUAAAAAAGCCACUUGUAUCAGGUGCUGCUGUAGGAUUGGAAGGGCAGCUUACCAUUUACAACUACCAAGGUGGUCCAUGCUAUCGAUGCCUAUUUCCAACUCCACCACCUGUGACAGCAUGUCAAAGAUGUUCUGACAGUGGCGUCCUUGGAGUAGUGCCUGGAGUCAUUGGGAUUUUACAGGCUCUAGAGGCUAUAAAAAUUGCUAGUAAUGUUGGUGAGCCACUUUCAGGACGGAUGCUUUUAUUUGAUGCAUUGUCUGGAAGGAUUCGUGUGGUCAAAAUACGGGGACAAUCACCACAAUGUGAAGCCUGUGGAGAAAAGUCUACAUUCAACCCUGAACAAUUUAGAGAAUUUGACUACGAGAAGUUCACCCAAACUCCCCUGUCAACUGCUCCACCCAAGUUGAAUCUCAUACCUGUGGAAUCAAGGAUAAGCUGCAAGGAAUACAAUGAGAAGGUUGUCAAUGGAGAAGCACAUAUUUUGGUUGAUGUUCGACCUGCUCAUCAUUUUGACAUAAUCUCACUUCCCAAUUCACUAAAUAUCCCACUCUCAAGUUUGGAGGCCCGAUUAUCAGAAAUCUCUGCUGCUUUAAAGGAAGAGGAAACGCGUAAAAGUGUUUCAGGCGCUCGUCUAUAUACAGUUUGCAGAAGAGGCAAUGAUUCGCAGAGAGCAGUCCAAUUACUGCAUAAGCUUGGCUUCACCUCAGCUAAGGACAUUGUCGGGGGACUGACAUCUUGGCAAACAGAAGUUGAUCCUGACUUUCCCGCUUACUAAUGGUAUUCACACAUAUUUGAGUACAACCUGAUUCUCAUUGUAGACUAAACCCUUUUUGGCUUGGUUUGGACCUUUGAAGACUUUAUUAUUCUACUAGAUUAGAUUGUGCACUGAUAUUCAGAAAAAAAAACAUUAUUUUACCCUUUUUUUCUUUGUACAAUAUUUGAGUAACAAAAUUAUAUUAAAAAUAAAGUAGUACGAAGUUCAAACGA